ACAUCAUGGCAACGACUACUUGUACACGUUUUACAGAUGAAUACCAGCUGUACGAGGAGCUUGGCAAGGGGGCCUUUUCAGUGGUGCGCCGCUGUGUCAAACUCUGCACAGGCCAAGAGUACGCCGCCAAAAUCAUCAACACCAAAAAGCUCUCUGCCAGAGACCAUCAGAAACUGGAGAGAGAAGCUCGCAUCUGCAGACUGCUCAAACACCCCAACAUCGUUCGUCUCCAUGACAGUAUCUCAGAGGAAGGCUUCCACUAUCUCCUCUUUGACCUGGUGACAGGAGGGGAGCUGUUUGAGGACAUUGUGGCUAGAGAGUACUACAGUGAAGCAGAUGCCAGUCAUUGCAUCCAGCAGAUCCUGGAGGCCGUGCUCCACUGCCAUCAGAUGGGGGUGGUUCACAGAGACCUCAAGCCUGAAAACCUGCUGCUGGCCAGCAAGUGCAAGAACGCUGCGGUGAAACUGGCCGACUUUGGACUGGCAAUAGAGGUUCAAGGGGACCAGCAGGCUUGGUUUGGCUUUGCAGGGACCCCCGGCUACUUGUCCCCAGAGGUGCUGAGGAAGGAGGCGUACGGUAAACCUGUGGACAUCUGGGCAUGUGGUGUGAUCCUGUACAUCCUUUUGGUUGGAUACCCUCCGUUCUGGGACGAGGACCAGCACAAACUCUACCAGCAGAUCAAAGCUGGAGCGUAUGAUUUUCCCUCCCCAGAGUGGGACACGGUGACUCCGGAGGCUAAAAAUCUGAUCAACCAGAUGCUGACUAUCAACCCGGCCAAGAGAAUCACUGCCCAGGAGGCUCUGAAGCACCCAUGGGUCUGCCAACGCUCCACAGUGGCCUCCAUGAUGCACAGACAGGAGACAGUCGAGUGCCUGAAGAAGUUUAACGCCAGGAGGAAACUCAAGGGCGCCAUUUUGACCACCAUGCUCGUCUCCAGGAACUUCUCUGUGGGUCGGCAGACUACAGCCCCCGCUUCUGUCAGCGCUGUGGCUGGAACCACCGCCGGCAUCGUGGAACAAGCAGCCAAGAGUCUCCUCAACAAGAAGGCUGAUGUGAAGCCGCAGACAAACAGCACAAGAAACAGCAUAGUCACCAGUCCCAAAGGCAGCGUCCCCUCUGCUGCGCUGGAGCCUCAGACUACUGUUAUCCAUAAUCCAGUAGAUGGGAUCAAGGAAUCAUCUGACAGCAGCAACACCACCAUCGAGGAUGAAGAUGUGAAAGCUCGCAAACAGGAGAUCAUAAAGAUCACAGAGCAGCUUAUCGAAGCUGUCAACAACGGAGACUUUGAGGCCUAUGCGAAGAUCUGUGACCCUGGUCUGACCUCGUUUGAGCCUGAGGGGCUGGGCAACCUGGUGGAGGGAAUGGACUUCCACAGAUUUUACUUUGACAAUCUCCUCUCCAAGAACAGCAAACCCAUCCACACCACCAUCCUCAACCCUCACGUGCACAUGAUCGGGGACGACGCCGCCUGCAUCGCUUACAUCCGCCUGACGCAGUUUGUGGACGGGCAGGGCCGUCCACGCUCCAGCCAAUCAGAAGAGACCCGGGUAUGGCACCGCAGGGACAGCCGGUGGCAAAACGUCCACUUCCACUGCUCAGGAGCUCCGGCUGCCCCCCUGCAGGGAUGAGGCUGACGAGGAGGCCGACAGGAGCAGAGGAGGAAUAAGUGGCUCAUCUAAGAGACUCAGCGCUGAGAGAGAGGUGGAGGUGGAUGGAGGGUGAGCUAAAGGGUCUGAAGCGGCUGAUUCUGGCAUCGCCAUCUUUCUCCUGCACUCUGCACGCCCACCUCGCCCCUUCUCUCUCUCUGUCUCUCUACGACCUGGACGACAGACAGUGACACCGACUCUCCCGUCUCCGAACCCACAGAACAGCAGAGCACGUUUCAGCUGCAAACAGGAAACUCUUUAGCCUGCGUCUUGUCUUCAGUUGGGUCUGUAUGUGGCUCCGACGCUGCAACGCACCUGGACAACACCUGUCCUCCUCUCCUUUACUCUGCGCUCCAGCGUGGCAUUCUCCUGUCAAAGAUUUCCCCCCUUUCUUCUUCUCAAACAUAAAGUUAUUGUUCAUUACUUCUGGUAUUAUAAUGGCUGCCGUCUGUCGUUGUGCUCUUUCAACUGUACAGUAUAUUUAUUAGUCAUGUAUCCUCUCCUUCUUCUUCUUCUUCUUCUUCUUCUUCCUCUUCUUCUUUUUUAUGACGAGCAUGACUCCUACCUGUAUCUUCUUACCAGUGGCUGUUUCUCUGCACGACUAAAGCUGCCUGUGUGAAAUGAACAAACAGCACCACGUGUCUCACAGAGAGAGAGAGAGUGGGUGUAUUUAAUUAUCCGUUUUGUUUUGUUAUUCAGUGGAGUUUUUUUUCUCUUUUCUCUUUUCUCUGGAGUGUAGUUGACCCCAAACCGACGCCUCCGUGUGUUCGCCGGACCCCUCUGAGCCGCUCUGUGAGACAGUGAAAACCAUGCAGCAUGCUAAGAUAUUACUGUCGUUCUUAAUUGAUUCUCUAUGUACUGAACAUUGCAAGUUAACUGCUGAAAUUAUGACAAUGGUUAAAAUUCUAGUAUCACGCUGUUUAUGUAAAUUUCCAGUUUCAUCGUGGUGACUUAACUACAAUUACGCCGUAGAUGGUAUUUAAUUGCAUGAUAUUCCAAGUUAAUACGUUGGUGCGUUGGGUGUUAUCGUGCAUUUUGUUGAUUUUUCUCUUUUUAGACUGAACUUGCUGGUGAGCUAUAAUCUAUUGCCUCUGUUUUCUGGGCUUUGUAAGUGCAUAAACUAUUUUUGUGUUUUUGUGUGUAGUGUCUGAGGCUGCUGCUGAGGAUCAUGACAGAAAAGGCCUUUUAGAGAAAAUGCUGGUUCCAGAUCAGAUUUAAAAUGGUUCUUUACUGUUUCAAAGACAAAACUCAACAUCUGAUUAAUCCAUUUUAUCAGACCUGACAGACUUCACAUCAGGAUGUUCGAUUCUUCAUUCAGAUCAUUUCAGCGUUUUAAAAUUCAGCUUUUUACUUCACACUUCUAAAGAACAGACUCAGACAUGCUAUGUAUAUAAAUGCUGAAUGAGGAACUGGUAUCAGGGAUGUGUGGGCAGAAUUUUAGAAACACAGAGGUCCCAAAAAAAGCCUGAAAAACAUUUGAUUCAUUUAUUUAUUUUGUUUAUUUUGUCUGAAAACUUCUCUCAGUCCUGUGAAAACCAUGUAUCUCUAAAAAGAAACCUGUCCAUCUUCAUCUCAACACAUUUUUAGAUAAUCGAAUGAGUUUUAAUGUUUUAUUUAGCCAGUAAGUAACAAUAAGAAAAAAAUGUCUCAGCCUAUGCAGAAAUACUUAAUCCUUAAAGUGACUUUAAUCAAUAGUUUCAUAAUAAAGUAACAACAGACAGUGAUGACGCCAGAUAUUUCCCUCUGCAGCUGGUGGAGACCAAAACCAGAGCUGAAAGUGAAGGAUCACUGGCCUGAGAGUCAUCAGGUGGACUCAGACAGAUUAAAGAAUCGAGGUGAAUGUAGAUCUGAAUAUGCUGAACAUGAAACAACUGUUUCCUAACAAGUUCAGUAUAUCAGCUUACAUACUGAUUACGCUGAGUGAUGAGGAAUAGAUGAAGUUUUAAUAACUUUUCAACUAGGUAACUGAAAUUUUUGUGGAAAAAAUAAUAUCAGACACAAAUUAUUAUUCCAGCAUGUCUGAAGGAGAUCUUCAUGUCUAUCUGAAAAAAAAUCUGAGUACAUGGUUUUCACUGGACGUUUAUUUAUACUGAAUAUAUUCCACCUUAAAAAUACUGGAAUUAGCCAAUAAAAUAAAAUUCACUUACAUUAAGUAGAAUGUAAAAUCGUCCCAGAUUCAUAACGUCCUCAGAUUCCCAGAGUAAAACACUCAGGACAUAACCUCAGUGCCCUCAGUGGUGAACAUCAACCUCUCCUCCAGAGGGCGCCAACAUCUAACAGCAGCAGGGUUCAAAGUACAACUGUGAUGAGUUCAGCAUUCAGGUGGGUGUUUGUGAGAAUCUGAUGAACAGUGUGAGCAGAAAGAUAAUGACAAACUGACUCACACAGACGCUUCAGUCAGUGUUCACAGUAUUUUACAAUAACUUUUGCUCAGUUUUCCCGACAGAGUCUGAGUGUGCAGCACAGUCGGCAUCAUUACUGAGACACGUGGUUUCUAUUCAGAAAACUCAGGUGAAAUGUUGUAAAAACCUGUUUUUCAGAAUCAUGGAGUCAGUGGUUUGAAUGUUUAGCU